UAUUCAACCUUUCUAUAUAAUUUUAAAGAAUAACCUGUCAACAACCAUGGAGCUUCCAGAUUGUUACUAUCCCAUACCACCAAUUAACAUCACCCCAUGUGUACCAACACCAAAUCACACUCUCCAUCUCAAUAAUCUUGAUGACGAAUUGUACAAGAAAUUUGUACCUUAUGUGUAUAUAUUCAAGAAAUCUGUGGGAAUGGAUACCUUGAAGUCUUCCCUAUCAAGAGUUUUGGUGGAUUACUACCCUUUUGCUGGUAGGUUUAGGACAAGCACCGAGGAUGAGAACAAGUUGGUGGUGGAUUGUAAUGGAGAAGGUGCUUUGUUUGUUGAGGCUUCAAUGGAUAUCAAUGUUGAAGAAUUACUCAAAUCUUCUAUGAUGCCUAAUAGCUCAUGGAAGAAGAUCAUUUGUAAUGUGGAAUCUAAAAAUUCUAUAGAUACUCCUCUUCUUGUAAUCCAGGUGACUAAUCUUCGAUGUGGAGGAAUGAUCUUGUGCGCAUCAAUCAACCAUAGUUUGAGUGAUGGCACGGGCGCAUCACAAUUUCUAAAUGCUUGGGGCCAACUAACCCAAAAUCCCAAUAGUAAUUUGACAAUCAUACCUUCGCAUGAUCGACGAGUAUUGAAGAUUCAAGAACCUCCGCAAGUAAAUUUCACUCACCCAAUAUACACCAAAGAAUCAACACACCCGAAUCCCGAAUCAAACCUUUCGAUGUGGUUUCUAACACAAUCACUUGUCCCUACAUCAUUCAUCUUCAGAUUCAAUGAAAUUCUUCGCUUAAAGAAACAAUGUACGACAUCAUCGUUCAAUCACAUAACAAGCUUUGAAGCAAUAACAGCGCACUUAUGGCGCUCAUUAGUAAAAGCAACUAACUUGUCCCUCUCUCGAACUGUGAAGCUUUGUUUCACAGUUAACUUUCGAAAGAAGAUGAAACUUCUUCCAGAAGGGUAUUAUGGGAAUGGAUUUGUCCUUGUCGGUGUUGAGAGCAUAGUGAAGGAUUUAGUGGCUCCAAAUAACCUAGAUCAUGGUGUGAAACUUGUGCAAAAAGCCAAAGCUAGUGUGAAUGAAGAAUAUAUUAAGUCAACGAUUGAUGUGUUGAAGGACAAAAAGGUAAUUCAUGAUGGUUCUAUAAGCUUAUAUGUAACACAAUGGAAUAGAUUAGGGUUGGAAGAUGUUGAUUUUGGAGAAGGGAAGCCUUUGCAUGUAGGUCCUUUAUCUGUUCAAAUUUAUUGUGUGCUUUUGCCGGUUAUUGGUGAUCCUAAUGCGGUUAGAGUGCUUUUAUCAGUUCCUAAGAAUAUAGUGGAAAAGUUUCAACAUUACAUGAUAGAGAUAGAGAGUUGGGGAAAAGAUGAAUAAGAAGCUUGUUGAAGGUUAAUCAACAAUAAUAAUAAUAAGUAUAUGAAUUAUUAUAUAUAAUUUGUAAUCAUUCAUAUGUCAAUUGUCUUAAUUACAAUGAGUUUGAGAACAAAUUAUGCAUGUGAUCAAAUUUUGUUAAAUGGACAAAAUUACCUUUUUCCAAA